AGGGGGAGCUCUCUCCGGUUUCUGUCCGCUGAUGGUGAUGGAGGCUCGGAUGGUGAUGCGCGGAGCUGCUGCCGCUUUGGUCCGGCCGUGAUGGACCCAUUUGACGGUCCCGGUUCUCCCCGACACGAGGAGCAGGAGGAGGCGGGGCGCGCGGAAAGCCGCAGCCGGUGGGCCCGCUUCUCCUCCUGGUUGGAGUGCGCGUGCGUCGUUACGUUCGACUUGGAGCUCGGACAAGCAAUUGAGCUGGUUUAUCCUCAAGAUGUGAAGCUGACAGAGAAAGAGAAAACCAGCAUCUGCUACCUGUCCUUCCCUGACUCAUACUCAGGGUGCCUUGGGGACACUCAGUUUAGCUUCCGCUUCCGUCAGUCUGUCGGUCGCCGAACAUCAAGGCUCAGAGACGACCUUUACAACCGUGACGCUCCCGUCACACUGCAGAGAGAAACGGCGCAUUUCUUCGGUUACGUCUACUUCAGACAAGUGAAGGACGUCUCUGUGAAGAGGGGCUACUUCCAGAAGUCCCUGGUGCUGGUGUCCAGGUUGCCAUACACUCACCUGUUCCACUCGCUGAUGCAGACCAUUGCACCUGAGUUCUUUGAGAAGCAUGAGCCCUGCCUUGAAGCAGUUUGUAACGAGAUCGACCAAUGGCCUUCACCUGUACCUGGGCAGACCCUCAACCUGCCCGUAAUGGGUGUUAUCUUACAGGUGAGGAUUCCUUCUAAAUUCGACAAACCUGGGGGAAGUCCGUUGCGACAGACGGCUAAAGAGAACCUGCUGCCGGCGCCGACCCUCCUGCCCACCAUCCACGAGCUGGACCUGUUUAAGUGUUUCCAGUCCAUUCUAAUCCACCUGCAGAUGCUCUGGGAACUUACCUUGCUCGGGGAGCCGCUUGUCAUUAUGGCUCCAUCUCCCACUGUUUCUUCGGAAACAGUCCUGGCUCUCAUCAGCUCCAUCAGCCCUCUGAAGUUCUGCUGCGACUUCCGACCCUAUUUCACCAUCCAUGACAGCGAGUUCAGGGAGUACACCACCAGGACGCAGGCGCCACCAAGCGUCGUGCUGGGCGUCACCAACCCGUUCUUCAUCAAGACGUUUCAGAGCUGGCCUCACAUCGUCCGGCUGGGAGAGGUCAAGAUGGCAGGUGAUUUACCGAAGCAGGUGAAGGUGAAGAAACUUUCUAAGCUGAAAACGCUUGACACCAAACCAGGAAUCUACACGGCUUACAAGACGUUUCUGCACAAGGACAAGAUCCUGAUUAAGAGGCUGCUGAAGGGGAUCCAGAGGAAGCGGCCGUCGGAGGUGCAGAGUGCCAUCCUGAGGCGACACCUGUUGGAGCUCACGCAGAGUUUCAUUAUCCCCCUGGAACGCUACAUGGCGAGUCUGAUGCCCCUGCAGAGAUCCGUUACGCCCUGGAAGACGCCGCCUCAGAUCCGCCCCUUCAGUCAGGACGAGUUCCUGUCCACAUUGGACCAUGCGGGCCCGCAGCUCACCUCUCUGCUUAGAGGUGAUUGGAUAGGACUGUACAGGAAGUUCUUCAGGUCUCCGAACUUUGACGGCUGGUACCGUCACCGCCACCGAGAGAUGACACAGAAGUUAGAGAGUCUCCACCUGGAAGUUAUCUGCGAUGCGGACCUGCUGGGAUGGACCAAAGACAAGUCUGAGGUGGAGGUUGUGGAUCUGAUUCUGAAGCUCAGAGAGAAGCUGAUUAAAGCUCGACGUCAGCAGCUGCAGCUCAGAGACGGUGUGAUGGACAAACUCGACUCUUUCAUCGCCUCCAUCAUCAGCUCGCUGCCUGCCGACCUGCAGAGUGUGCUUGGCACAGGCGCGUCACCGUGACGACAGCUAACCCCACAGCCAGGACGCACGCUUGUGUUCAUCAGCAUCUUCACACUCCACAGAAAAACCAACAUCGGCUCAAAUCUUCAGUUUUUGGAAUAUUUAAAUUUUAUUUAAACUUUAUUACCUGUCUCCAUCGAGCUGCUGCUCUGAUGUUUUGGUUUCUCUGACGGUGGAAUCAGGCUGUUUGUGUUUCACAGAAGUCGUAUUUUUCUAUCAUCUCCACAAACGGAAUGUAACACUAAGAAUGAAGCUCCACUUUCUGUUUGUUUGUAAACCUUUAUUUUGAAAUUAAAGUCUGAGCACUUCCUGU